AUGUUUACUCGUCCACAAUACACCGUUCCAGUCGGUGAGCCUGCCAAUGAGCAUGAAACUGCUCCAAGAAGAAAUGCUAUGGCUGCAAAGGCUCCACUUGUCAGACCAAGAGGUUUUAAGUGUAAUACAGCCUACGAAUUAGCUUUGGAAUGUUUCCAAAGAGGUAAGGAUAAUAAGGCUAUGGGUUGGAGAGAUGUUGUUGAGGUUUAUGAAGAACAAAAACAAAUUUCAAAGACUAUCGAUGGUAAGAAGACAACAGUUGAUAAAACUUGGUUAUAUUACGAAUUAUCAGAUUAUAGAUAUAUCACAUUCAAUGAAUUGACUGAUAUUAUGCAUGAUUUAGGUAAAGGUUUGAAUAAAAUUGGUCUAAGACCAAAUACAACAGACAGAUUACACAUCUUCGCCUCCACAUCCCAAAAAUGGAUGCAAAUGUAUUUAGGAACACAAUCCCAAUCUAUUCCAAUCGUUACCGCUUACGAUACUCUCGGAGAAAGUGGUUUGAUUCAUUCUAUUAAACAAACUGAAUCAACUGCAAUCUUUACAGAUAAUGCUCUUUUACCAAAAUUGAUCAAUCCAUUGAAAAAUUGUCCAUCAAUCAAAUACUUAAUAUACGGUGAACCAAUCGAUCCAAAUGAUAAGAGACAAAAUGGUAAGAUUUAUCAAAACGCCAAAGGUGCAAUUGAUAACAUAAAGGAAAUUAGGCCAGACUUAGAACUUUAUAGUUUCGAUGACAUUAUGGCUCUAGGUAAAGAAAAUAGAGCUUUGAUCGAUAUACACCCACCUAAGAGAGAUGAUCUCUCAUGUAUCAUGUACACUUCAGGUUCCACAGGUGAGCCAAAGGGUGUCGUUUUAAAACAAUACAAUAUUGUUGCAGGUAUUGGCGGUGCCAAUUUAACAGUGAGCCAUGAAUUACAUCCAAAUGAUCGUAUCAUUUCAUUCUUACCAUUGGCUCAUAUUUUCGAAUUGGCAUUCGAAUUAUUAUCGUUUUUAUGGGGUUCUUGUAUUGGGUAUGCUACUGUGAAGACAUUAACUAAUUCUUCUGUCAGAAAUUGUCAAGGUGAUCUUACCACAUUCAAACCAACCGUCAUGGUUGGUGUUGCAGCCGUUUGGGAAACUGUCAGAAAAGGUAUAUUAAGUCAAAUUGAUGACUUGCCAUUUAUUAGUCAAAAAAUCUUUUGGUCCGCUUACCAUGCAAAAAUUAAUAUGAAGCAUUAUCGAAUCCCAGGUGGUGAUGCCAUUGGUAAUUUAGUUUUUAAGAAAAUUAGAAAAGCUACCGGUGGUAAUUUAAGAUUUUUAUUGAACGGUGGUUCUCCAAUUAGUACAGAUGCGCAAAUUUUCAUUUCUACUCUUGUGGCGCCAAUGUUAAUCGGUUACGGUCUAACUGAAACAGUAGCAAACGGUACUAUCAUGAACCCAUCACAUUUUGAAUUCGGUGUUGCUGGUGAUUUAACAGGUUGUGUUACAGUUAAAUUAGUUGAUGAAGCUGAACUAGGAUAUUUUGCCAAGAAUAAUCAGGGUGAAGUCUGGAUUAAAGGUGAUAAUGUUCUAACAGAAUAUUAUAAAAAUAAAGAAGAAACGGAAAAGGCAUUGACUGCUGACGGAUGGUUUAAAACCGGUGAUAUUGGUGAAUGGACACCAAAGGGUCACUUAAGGAUUAUUGAUAGAAAGAAAAACUUAGUAAAGACAUUAAAUGGUGAAUAUGUCGCAUUAGAAAAAUUAGAAUCAGUUUAUAGAUCGAACUCGUAUGUUUCGAAUGUUCUUGUUUACGCUGACCCAACGAAAGUUAAACCAGUGAGUAUUGUAGUGCCAAAUUGGGGCACAGUCACUAAAUUAGCCAAGAGUAUGGGUGUCAUUGAUGAAGGUGAGGAAAAUGAUAUUGAACAUAAGUUACAAGAAAAUAAACAAUUACAAAAUGCCGUCUAUACCGACAUGUUGAAGACCGCGAAACAGCAAGGCUUAAAUGGUAUCGAAUUAAUUGCAGGAACAAUUUUCGUUAAUGAAGAAUGGACACCACAGAAUGGAUAUGUUACCUCUGCUCAGAAACUAAAAAGAAACAAGAUCGUCGCCUCUGUUAAGAGUGAUAUCGAAAAGGUCUAUAAUCAAUGA